AUGGCUCUAUACCUGUUCCUCCUCUGCCUCUUCUCAGCAGUAGCCGCGGUCCAACCCACAGUAAAACUCGGUUACGCAUCCUACCAAGGAGUCAAGCACUCAAAGGGCAUCACCCAAUGGCUCGGAAUGCGAUAUGCCGCAGCCCCAGUGGGUGAACUAAGAUUUGCUGCUCCUCAAGAUCCGCCGACGGUUGCCGGUAUACUUGCGGCAGGCAAGCAUGGCCAUACCUGUUUGGGAACUGGCGAAAGUUCGGACAGGCUGUUGACUUCAGAAGACUGUCUCUUUAUUGAUGUCUACUCUCCGACUCAUGCGACCAUCGAAUCAAACCUACCAGUCUACUUCUUCAUUCAGGGCGGCGGCUUCAACUACAAUGCUAAUGCAAACUACAAUGGACACGGAUUGAUCACUGCUUCAGACAAUCAGAUUGUCGUCGUGACAUUCAACUACCGCGUUGGUCCUUAUGGGUUCUUGGCCAGUCGCGAAAUCCACGACUCACCCACCGCCAGUGUCAACAACGGUCUCAAAGACCAAAGAAAGGCACUCGAAUGGGUGCAAAGGUACAUCCACCUAUUCGGAGGGGACCCGAAUCACGUUGUACUAGGAGGAAAUUCUGCCGGGGCGGCCUCAAUCGCCCUUCACCUAACAGCUUUUGGUGGUCGAAAUGAUGGUCUAUUUGUUGGUGUUGCAGCAGAGUCUGUCAGCUUUGCAACAAUGUUAACUAUAGAGGAGAGCCAAUACCAGUACGACACCUUUGCCACGCGUUUAGGGUGUACCGAAGAUACCUUGGAUUGCCUACGCUCGAAGAGCGCUACCGAACUCCAAGCCCACAAUCAUAACAUACCAUACCCUGGAGCACAGAACCCUCCCCUUUUCAUGUGGAACCCAGUCAUUGAUCACGACCUCAUCCAAAACCUCACAUAUGCGGCCUUCGACUCGGGGUCCUUUAUUCGAGUUCCCGUCAUCAUGGGCGACGACACCAAUGGAGGCACCAUUUUCACACCUCGCGGGACUUCCAGUCUGACACAAUCCAAUACAUUCUUACACAACCAAUUCCCGUAUCUAACUCUCGAUCAACUCAAGCGCUUGGACGAGCUCUAUCCCAACCAUGGGCCUCAAUUCCCCAACUCGGGCACCUGGUGGCGUCAGGUCUCCAACGCGUACGGGGACUUGCGGUACAUGUGUCCGAAUCUGUUCGUCUCGAGCGCAUUGUCCCGCCACGGGCAGCAAGGCAAUUGGAACUACCGGUACAACGUAGAGGAUCCAACGCAGAUGGCACAAGGGCUAGGUGUGCCGCACACGGUCGAGCUCGCUGCAAUAUGGGGCCCGGAGAACGUGCAAGGCUCAGUUCCUGAGAGCUAUCAAGCGGGAAAGUCGAAUGCCUGGAUCAUCCCGGUCAUGCAGGGCUACUGGACGAGUUUCAUUAGAGCACUCGAUCCGAAUGUCUAUCGUGCAGAGGGAGCGCCGGUGUGGGACGAGUUCACUACCGAGACCCAGGAUGGAAGCGCCGAAGAAGAAGUGUGGAACCGGAUGCUUUUCGAUAAGCCGCACACGACCAACAUGGAGCAGGUCGGCACAUCGACCCGGGCGCGAUGCAGAUAUUCCAACGAGAUUGGCAUCCCUAUCCGGCAGUGA